AUGACUUUGCCAAAUGAAGCAACUGGACUUUACAUCUCUCUUUCAUUCUUUCUAUCUUUUUUUCUUUCUUUUUCUUUCUUUCUUUCUUUCUACUUUUUCAUUUAUCCUUUCAUUCAUUCAUUCUUUUUCUUUCUUUCUUUCUUUCUUUCUUUCUUUCUUUCUUUCUUUCUUUCUUUCUUUCUUAACAAUCUAUGUACAUCGAUCAUGCUUUCAUUCCUUCCUUCCUUCCUUCCUUCCUUCCUUAAUUCUCUUUCUUUUUCUCGUUCUUUCUUUCUUUCUUUCUUUCUUUCUACUUUUUCAUUCAUCCUUUCAUUCAUUCAUUUUUUUCUUUCUUUCGUUCUUUCUUUCUUUCAUUCUUUCUUUCUUUCUUUUUUCCUUCUUUCUUUCCUUCUUUCUAUCUUUCUUUCUUUCUUUUUUCUUUCUUUCUUUCUACUUUUUCAUUUAUCCUUUCAUUCAUUCAUUCUUUUUCUUUCUUUCUUUCUUUUUCUUAUUCUUUCUUUCUUUCUACUUUUUGCUUUAUCCUUUCUUUCUUUCUACUUUUUCAUUCAUCCUUUCAUUCAUUCAUUCUUUUUCUUUCUUUCGUUCUUUCUUUCUUUCAUUCUUUCUUUCUUUCUUUUUUUCCUUCUUUUUUUCCUUCUUUCUUUCUUUCUUUUUUCUUUCUACUUUUUCAUUUAUCUUUUCAUUCAUUCAUUCUUUUUCUUUAUUUCUUUCUUUCUUUUUCUUAUCCUUUCUUUCUACUUUUUCCUUUAUCCUUUCUUUCUUUCUACUUUUUCAUUCAACGUUUCAUUUAUUCAUUCAUUCAUUCUUUCUUUCUUUCAUUGUUUCUUCUAA